AUGUCUAACGCGGCUACACAUCUGCGUCAAGGUGGCCCAUGUAGUGGGCGCAUAGCUGGAUCCAAAACCAGGUGCUGCGUUGAAAUGCAGGUGCACUUGAGCAGCGUAGGCAGGUGGAAUGUACCUAAUGGAAGACAAAUUAAAUUCCAGGGUAGCGCAUGCCCGAAAAUGGUGUUAACAGAGCAGUUGUUCCGAGAUCCGGGCUCUCGGUUAGCUGCAGGUUCAGGCCUAGAGGGUCGUCAGGCUAGCAAAAAUGGAAAAAAAAUUUCUACGGCCGCCAGCCACGUCUGUGCAAAUCGCCUGCAGCUUGGACAAAAAAUGCAAACAUUUCCCAACAGCCUACCAUCUCUAAAAGAUUUCCAGCAAGCCGUGAUCGCGUGGAAAUUCUAG